AGUUGCUCUGAGAUCUGUUGCUUUUCCUUGUUGCUACCACAUGGCACGACUGCGACACAUUCUGUCCGGAAAAUGUUAUUGACGAACACGUUUGGCGUCUUGUCUUUUUAGUUUAUGUUCGUUAAGUGGGUUCCAUACACAUAAGUCAUAAUAAUGUCGCAGUUACAAGCGAGGUUUUACACAGAAAACCCAAGGUAUACAAUAGAUGAUGUGCCAUUCUCCAUCCCAGCCAGUUCGGAGGUCCAUGAUCUCAGCAAUGUCAUCAACAAGCUACUGGAGGCCAAGAAUGCAUCUCAUACCAAGGUGGACUUUGACUUCCUGGUCAGGGGUCAAUUCCUUCGAAUGCCAUUGCUCAAUCACAUGGAAACAGAAGGCAUCUCAACGGAAGAGGUUGUGGAGAUCGAGUAUGUGGAGCGGAUCACAGCGCCACAACCCGAGGAGUGUAUGAUGCACGAUGACUGGAUUAGUUCCGUCGAUGCAGAUGCCGAGUGGAUCCUGACCGGAUCUUAUGACAAGACCGCAAGUAUCUGGUCCUUGGAGGGCAAAGCUAUGACAAAAGUGGUUGGACACACAGAUGUUGUCAAAGAUGUCGCCUGGGUUAAGAGGGACGGCCUGACUUCUUUGCUUUUGACCGCCUCGCUUGACCAAACCAUCUUCUUGUGGGAAUGGAACUCCGAAAAGAACAAUGUGGUGGCCAGGCACUGUUGCCGGGGACACACGGGGAGCGUCGACACGGUCGCUACAGACCCCACCGGUUCAAAGUUCUGCAGUGGCUCCUGGGACAAAAUGUUGAAGAUAUGGUCAGCAGUUCCCUCUGAUGAGGGAGAUGAAGUUGAGGAGCCCGCCGACAGGCCGAGGAAGAAACAGAAGACCCAGCAGAUGGGCCUUACGAGGACGCCUCUUAUGACGUUAUCUGGGCACAAUGAGGCGAUCUCUUCGGUGCUGUGGUGUGACAACGACGAGGCUUGCAGUGCAUCCUGGGACCACACGAUCCGUUUCUGGGACGUGGAGACGGGAGAGAUGAAGACAACCCUGACUGGGAGUAAAGUGUUCAACAGCAUUUCCUACUCGCCUUUGUGUCGUCGGCUGGCGUCCGGCAGCACUGACAGACACAUCAGGCUGUGGGACCCACGCACCAAAGAUGGUUCACUGGUGCUCCUGUCGCUGACCUCCCACACUGGCUGGGUCACCGCUGUCAAGUGGGCUCCGUCGCACGAGCACCAGUUGGUUUCUGGAUCCCUGGACAACCUGGUCAAACUGUGGGACACUAGAAGCUGCAAAGCGCCUCUGUAUGACCUAGCGGCACAUAAAGAUAAAGUGUUCUGUGUGGACUGGACAGAAAGUGGGCUGAUGUUAAGUGGGGGAGCUGAUAACAAAUUGUACACCUACAAGUAUUCAUCUUGUCCGACUGACGCUGGAGCAUAGUCACAACAGAGAUCCUGUCGAUGGAAUCUUAUUCUGUUCAAAAAUCCUUUUUGUGACUCUUGUCUCAUUUUUUUUUUUUUUUACACAUUUCCAGUGGGAUUGUUGCCAUGUAACUUCCCUGAAAAAUAAAUGGAUCUCC